AUGAAAAAAGCAGGAAUCCCUCCAGCCUCACGUUCACUCAGAAGGUGUCUUCCCCUUGACUUUGGGAAAAAGGAGUUCGAGAGAAACGACAAGGAUCGACUGAAAACGGGAACAAAUCUGGCUGAAGUUGAUCCAGUGCCAUUCGAUAGUUCGGUGCGAUUUGAUGGCGUGGGUGGUCUCUCUGACCACAUUUCAGCUUUAAAAGAGAUGGUCAUUUUCCCGUUACUUUAUCCAGAAUUCUUUGAGAGAUUCAAGCUGCGAUCCCCAAGAGGCUGUCUGUUCUAUGGCCCACAGGGGACUGGAAAGACACUGGUAGCUCGAGCUCUUGCUAACGAAUGCAGCCAGGGCUUUAUGAGAAAAGGCGCUGACUGCCUAAGUGAAUGGGUGGGAGAGUCUGAAGGACAGCUCCGUUUAUUAUUUGAGCAGGCCUAUCAGAUGCGGCCUUCAAUUAUUUUCUUUGACGAGAUAGAUAGUCUUGCUCCCGUGUGGUCCAGUCGUCAGGAUCAAAUUCAUAGUUCUAUUGUCACAACGCUUCUGGCACUUAUGGAUGGCUUAGAGAGCAGAGGAGAGAUUGUGGUCAUUGGAGCCACCAACACUGACUCUGUAGACCCUGCUUUAUGGAGGCCUGGGCGUUUUGACAGAGAGUUCCUUUUCAGCCUGCCAAAUAAAGACGCUUGAAAAGAGAUUCUCAAGAUUCACACCAGAGCCUGGAGCCCUAAGCCACGGGACGCAUUUCUUGAGGAGCUGGCUGAAAAAUGUGUUGGAUACUGCAGGGCUGAUAUUCAGUCUCUCUGUGCUGAAGCUGCCCUCUGUGCUCUGCAUCGACACUACCCUCAGAUAUACACAAGCUGCCAGAAGCUGCAGCUAGACAUUGCUGCCAUUGAAGUAACAGCAAAAGAAUUUGCUGUUGCUAUGCAGAAGAUGGCACCAGCUUCGCAGAUGGUUGUGGCUUCACCUGCGCAACCACUGUCACCCAUUUGUAAGCCUCUGCUUCAAAGUGCUCUGGAGAGAUUUCUAAAAGCCAGGCAGAGAGUGUUUCCCCAUGCAGCGCUUGUGCUAAAGAAGGCUCAGCAGCCAGGUAUAACAGUAGCAUUCCCUGCCUUCAAAUGCUGCCAGAGCAAACACUUAAAUGCUUAUUGCCAGCCAACGUGUUACAGACCAAGGUUCUUAAUAGCUGGAGAGCCCGGAUAUGGGCAAAGGUCUCACUUGGCGCCUGCAGUAAUACACGCGCUGGAGGAGUUUGCGGUUUACACACUGGACCUGCCGGCUCUCUUUGUUAGUGGCACGUCACUGGAAGAAAGAUGCGCACAGCUGAUCCGGGAAGCCCAGAGGACAGCACCAAGCAUUCUUUAUAUUCCUCAUAUCCAUGUUUGGUGGGAGGCUGCUGGAGGCACACUGAAGGCUACGUUUACAGAGUUAUUAGAGAACAUCCCAGCAUAUGCUCCAGUUCUGUUGCUUGCAACACCAGAUAUAUGUCAUGCAGAGCUCCCCAAAGAGGUCCAAGAUUUAUUUUCUGAUGCUUAUGGAGCACAAUGUCCAGGAGUUUUCAAUGCCCAGCUGCCUGGCGAGGAAGAAGGCAGAAAGUUUUUUGAGGACUUGCUUUUAAAUCAAGCUGCUAAACCUGCUACAUCAAAAAAGAAAGCAGCUUGUCAGGCACUGGAUGUACUGCCUGUAGCAUCGCCACCAGCGCCUCGACCACUGGCUGAGGAGGAAGGGACACAGCUGGAGGAGCAAGCGGAGGAGACGUUGCCAGCAGGGCCUGUAGUUUCCC